AUGGCUGGACGUGCUGCAGGGGGUUUUGUGACUCGGGCAUUGGAGUCGAUGCUCAAAGAGUGUUCCGGUAAAAAGUAUACAAUUCUCCAGUCGGCUAUCCAAAGUUAUUUAGACAGUUCAAAAGAAAUUAAUCAGCAUCCGAAUUCCACCGAGACUAAUCAAGCAGUAUCUUCAGCUGGAGAUCAGAGUAAUUUGCCUGAAACUGACAUUGGAGAUGGAAAAAGUGGAAGUGAUCCAGAUACUUCACCCACUGUUCCAUUUAGUGCUGGGGAGGCAGAACACACAGGGAGGUCCAUGGGCACAAGUGGAACUAUCACAACAGCUUUAGCAAACGCUGGGCAUACUUUAGAAGGAGCUGAGGCAGAGCUUGUAUUGAAUCCACUCAGACUUGCGUUUGAGACCAAGAACUUAAAAGUCAUAGAGCUUGCAUUGGAUUGUCUUCAUAAACUCAUUGCAUAUGAUCACUUAGAGGGCGAUCCUGGCCUCGAUGGUGGUAAAAAUGGGAUACUGUUUACGGACAUCCUGAACAUGAUCUGCAGUUGUGUGGAUAAUUCAUCACCGGACAGUACAACUCUUCAAGUCUUGAAGGUGCUUCUUACAGCUGUAGCAUCCCUCAAGUUCAGAGGCUCAAAGCCCCGCAGAUCUGAAAGCCCCAGGAGCCUCCACCAGAUCUGUAUUCUGUACUCCUUUAGCCGUUCAGCCAUUCGUGAUAGGCCUUCAGAUCCACUUCAGAUAAUCGGAGAAAAGUUUGCCAUCAAAAGGAAAAAAAUGGCUGGACGUGCUGCAGGGGGUUUUGUGACUCGGGCAUUGGAGUCGAUGCUCAAAGAGUGUUCCGGUAAAAAGUAUACAAUUCUCCAGUCGGCUAUCCAAAGUUAUUUAGACAGUUCAAAAGAAAUUAAUCAGCAUCCGAAUUCCACCGAGACUAAUCAAGCAGUAUCUUCAGCUGGAGAUCAGAGUAAUUUGCCUGAAACUGACAUUGGAGAUGGAAAAAGUGGAAGUGAUCCAGAUACUUCACCCACUGUUCCAUUUAGUGCUGGGGAGGCAGAACACACAGGGAGGUCCAUGGGCACAAGUGGAACUAUCACAACAGCUUUAGCAAACGCUGGGCAUACUUUAGAAGGAGCUGAGGCAGAGCUUGUAUUGAAUCCACUCAGACUUGCGUUUGAGACCAAGAACUUAAAAGUCAUAGAGCUUGCAUUGGAUUGUCUUCAUAAACUCAUUGCAUAUGAUCACUUAGAGGGCGAUCCUGGCCUCGAUGGUGGUAAAAAUGGGAUACUGUUUACGGACAUCCUGAACAUGAUCUGCAGUUGUGUGGAUAAUUCAUCACCGGACAGUACAACUCUUCAAGUCUUGAAGGUGCUUCUUACAGCUGUAGCAUCCCUCAAGUUCAGAGGUAUGUCACAAUGA